UCCCGUAACAUGCGAACGCAAACCCGUCGUAAUCGUAAUGAAUCUACAAAAUAGAGAAACAAACCGCUGAAAAAAUAAGUUAAAUUUGUCAGAAAUCGAUGACAAAGGAACAAAGUGAAUUAGUAUUAGUAUCGUUUGAACCUGGCUUUUCAUAACAGCGUGACAGUCACGCAUUAAGCGUUCACCGUCAGAUAAUGUGCAAUUGUGUUAUUUAAGGAGUUUGUAAUGUUUUUACUUGUGUGAAUCUAUUUGUUUUUAUUUAAGUUUGUAAAAAGUGGGUGCUAAACUUACAAUGAGUGAUGAUGAUAGAGACAUUGACGUUGAAAGCGAUGAGGGGAAUGAUUCGGAUUCAAGACAACAAGGUGCUAGACAAACACCUAAUAGUCAGUACUAUUCUCAGGCUGAAAAAAGAGCUCAUCACAACGCGCUGGAGCGUAAACGACGUGACCAUAUCAAGGAUAGUUUUAGUAGUUUGCGAGACUCGGUACCUGCUUUAAGCGGAGAGAAGGCGAGCCGUGCUCAAAUUUUGAAAAAGGCCGCCGAAUAUAUCCAGUUCAUGAGAAGGAAAAACAAUGCGCAUCAACAAGACAUUGAAGAUCUGAAGCGACAAAACAGUUUACUUGAAGCUCAAAUACGAACGUUAGAAAAGGCGAAAACAUCAGGGUCAUUCACUUUAGAUGCUUCUGACCUUAAAGAAUCCGAGUCAGAUACAUCCGAUACUGAUAGCUCCAUUCAACCAAGAAGACUAAAAAAACUAAAAGUAUCAGCUUAUCACUAAUCUUCAUAGUCAUUCUUAAAGACAAUUUCUUUUAUUUCCAAAUAUGUGUCAUGAAAUCGGCAGUUAUCCAGGUUGUUGGUAUAGUGACAGUUGGUUACUAAAGUUUGUAUAAUUGCUUUCAUUGAAGAUAAUAAUGUUAUAUUGUAAUGGUGAUCCCGAUAAUUUUAUUUGAAGUAACUACCUGUCAAUUUAUGUGGUAGAAAGUAGUAUGUGAUUUAAAAACAGUACAAACUGUAAUAAAACAAUAAUAUUCAUUUCAAUAUUUUAUAUUGAAAUUAUUUAGUUAAUGUACAGUAACAAUAAAUUAUAUCUUAUAAGUUUAAA